GCUUCCGCGGAGCAAAAAAUGUCUGCUCAGGGAAACUCAUAACACAGAUACAGAGGAUAUCUUUGCGUUUAUCGCGAUUUUAUCACUGUAUGGUUUAAUGUGGAGUCCUUUUGCACCGAACCCCAGCUUCUACUCCUGCGGAUGAACCCCAUGAUAAAAGAUCUCUCUAGAUCUCUCUAGAUCUUCUAGAUCUCCAGGAUGGAUCCCCCGCAGCGGAGCGCCGCUGUUGGAACCGAUAAGGAAUUAAGUGAUCUGCUGGACUUCAGUGCGAUGUUCUCUCCACCUGUCAGCGGGGGGAGGAACAGACGCACGAGCCUAGGCAGCAGUCGGUUCACUGCAGCAGGUAUGGACGAGGGGAGCAGCCCCACCUGGACCCCCAGGGGCCCGGCCAGCCCUGAGAACCAGCCCCCCAGGGGCUUCACCGGGGGUUCUCAUUACGGCGAUCAGCUGAGUGACAGUCGAAUAGCGCCCCUCCAAGGAACCCACGCGACACCUUUCAGGACCUCGAGCAGAACGGGUAAAGCAGACAGGGCCGUAGGUCAGGGCUACGGAAGACAGCCCGUUGGGUCCGGCUGUCAGUCAAGCCUGCGAUCCAGUGUUGGAACGCGUCCUACGGGCGUGAAGUCGCCGGCUCCAUUCCCCUCAUUCACAGCCGCCAAUCAGAGACGGCGCUCGCUUCCAGAGCCUAUCGAGCCGCUGCAGACAAAGAAGGUUCGCAAGGUCCCGCCCGGUCUGCCUUCAUCUGUGUACGCGCCCACCCCCACCUCGGAGGACUUCAGCCGAGACGCUCCCUCCUACUCGCCCCCGAGGCCCUCCGCCAACAUGUUCGCAAGCUCUUUCUUCGAUGGGCCCCACAGCUCCCUGGACCCGUGGAACCCGUCCGGUGGGAUCGGGCAGCCCGGCUACGGAGGCCUGGUGGGUGGACCCUCCUCCCACAUGCAGCAGGCCAACGGCAGCUACACCCACCUGCACCCCCAGGAGCGUCUGAACUACCCGGCCCACUGCUUGUCUCCGGACGUCGGUGGCGGGCUCCCUCCCAUGUCCAGCUUCCACCGCGGCCACGCCGGCGGCUCGCCGUUCAUCCCCGCCGGCCACGCCCCGCCCGGCAGCCCGGCGCCCGGGGGGCUGAUGGCUGCCAAUCAGGGCGGAGCCAGGGGAGGGUCGCAGACCGGAGACGCCCUCGGCAAAGCUUUAGCCUCGAUCUACUCCCCAGACCACACCAGCAGCAGCUUCCCCUCCAACCCCUCCUCCCCGGGGGGGUCCCCCACGCCCCUCCCAGCGGGGGACGGUUCCGUGGACCCCGUGCUGACUGCUGGCCCCCCCUCCUCUGGCAGAGCAGGUAAUAACCAAUGGCCUCGGGCCGGGGGACAGGCUCCUCCCUCCCCAAUCUACGACACCUCCAUCCACUCGCUGAAAAACCGAGUCCAUCAGCAGCUCCACGAGCAUCUGCAGGAUGCCAUGUCCUUCUUAAAGGACGUCUGCGAGUCCCGGAUGGAAGACCGUCUGGACCGACUGGAUGAUGCAAUCCUGGUUCUGAGGAACCACGCGGUGGGCUCCACAGGCAGUCUGCCCGGCGACAUACACAGCCUGCUGGGUCAGGCACACAACGGGCCAAUCGCCGCGCUCGGAGCCACCUUUCCUCCCGCGUCAUUGGUUCCCGCACGGACGGCGUCGGCGGGGGCUCCCCACCGAGACGAGGCCAUGACCCACGCAGGGCUUGGGGGGGCCGGUUCCACCUCCACCGCCGAACUCAACCACACGUUGGAGACCUUCAGAGGACUGGCUUCGAGCCUGGCCGGACACCUGAAGACGGAGAACCACGACCUCGACGAGAUGCAGGAUAACCAAUCAGAAGACGACGUCCGGUCAGAAGACGACGGCGACAGAAGGGACGUGAAGACGCCCAGAGGGGGAACCCGCACCAGCAGCAUCAACGAGGGCGACGAGGACCUCACCCCGGAGCAGAAGGCUGAGCGCGAGCGGGAGCGUCGCAUGGCCAACAACGCCCGGGAGCGUCUGCGCGUGCGGGACAUCAACGAGGCCUUCAAGGAGCUGGGCCGGAUGGUCCAGCUGCACCUGAAGAGCGAGAAGCCGCAGACCAAGCUGCUCAUCCUGCACCAGGCCGUGGCCGUCAUCCUCAGCCUGGAGCAGCAGGUCCGAGAGAGGAACCUGAACCCCAAAGCAGCCUGCCUAAAGAGGAGGGAGGGGGAGAAGAAUGGCGGGCUGCACUCCAGCCUCAUCGACGCCUCCAACCCCAUGGGCCACCUCUGAGCCCCGAUCACAUGACCCAGUGGGAUUUCUGUGGGAUAGAGGCGGGGUCCGGUCGAGGACUGACGGCUUGAAUACCAAUAGGAGGAGACAGACCAUUUAAGGCAACACUACAAGAAUGACACAGUUUGAUCCUCUGACUCGAGAAGAUCCAGGAAUCCCUUUCUUCUGACAACAGCUGGUGUCUACUGACGGAUGUCUGCCUUUGAGCAACAGUUCAGCUCGCAUCAUUCGGUCUGAAUCAAGCACUUUGCUUCGGAACAAUCAGAGACUGACGCGGUCUUCUCCAAAGCUUGUGGGAGAUCGCCUUGUGCCUAAAGCGUAGUUGAUGAACGCAUUGUAACAGCAACUGUUUAUUUUCAUUUGGUUUUUUUCUAUUUAUAAUGUUACUGAACGACAUAAUGUACGCCCAAAGGGAAGGUUGCAUUCCAGUCAUCGAGGCUCUCCAGUUAAUCUACAGUUUGCCAACGUCACGAGUUCCACUGAACACUUUUAAAACCUUGAUCCAGAUUAUUCAAAUUAAUUUAUUGGCUAGUUUAAGAGUGAGAUUAGGCUCAUAUUAACGUCCCCUUUUGUAAAAGAUUAUAUUUAUUUUUAUAUUUUAUUCAUUCCAUAAUUAAUCACAUCUAGAACCCAAAACGACCUAUGCCAGACUGUCAUCAGUCGAAAAAAAUAAUAAUCUGACUUCUGCAGUCGGAAUCAGACCAACUCAGAUCUCGGUGAACAGGGUGUUUCAUUUUCAUUUGCUUCAAAUUUGUUUCGACCAAUCGUGUUGCUGGGUGCGGGGAUCAGUGACGCAUGUUACAUGGAAAUGGUCUUUACUGGAAACAGCCAGACGGGCGAAACCACAACAAGAGUAAUGUGGCAAACCAUUCAUCCCCAGAAGGACUGAUGACUCAAACCAUAUCAGCUUCUUCCCACUAUUGGCCUCCCUCCUUCUCCCUCUGCUACUGAGAGGUAUCUGAAACCCGGGCGGGAGGUCAAGCCAAAGGUCCACCAACAUCCUGAGACAAGCGUCUGUAAAGGUUUAUAGUAAAACCUGUGUGUUGGCCUGGCCACUGUAGAAACACGUUUGUUCAAAUCUUCUUCUCAACCCUCCUGCGUGCGCUGGUGAAGAACUAAUCCGUAAGAAAACAGGAAUCUGCAGAACUCUUCCGGGUUCCCGGUCCAGGCGCAGUGCAGAAUCCCCUCAGAGGUUUGGCAGUAGCAUCGUCAGACUUCUGGGUCCGAGAUGAAGGUCAUUUAGUCUUAAUUCUAAUGACUGAAAUUACUCUAUACUUUAGACUUUUGGCAAAUUGUUUGCACUCUGCAGUGAAAACAUAGGCCCAAAUAAGACAGGACUGUUGUGGUCAUGAAAACUAUUUAAGCCAACUAAGGAUAAUCAUUAGUUUUACUGUAAGGCCAACUUUUUUAUUUUUUGUUCACUAAGAAUUUGUGAAGAAAACGAUUUGCUCCUUUCUGUGCAUCAACCAAAGGAAAAUGGGACUCUGUAUCUUUGCUCAUUGGCCAUUUAGUGCUUCAUAUAAACUGCUUUGCUGAUGGUUGUCCUUGAUGACUGGUUGAGCUGAAACGCUGCAGCAACAAACGAAGACCAAGCAAUGUCCUGGCCUGAUCAACGUAUUACAAAGAUUUCUGUUUGAAGCUCAAAAUAUAAGAAUUCAGUAUCAACGUAAAACUGGUUCAUUUAUCACGGGUUUCAUCAUAUAAUGUCCAGGUGGUAUAAUAAAAUAUGUUUUUAUUUUAGAAGUUAUAAUGUAGAAAGUGAAAGAAAAUACAUUUAAGACAAACCGGUAAUUUCACAUCUGCUGUGUAGAAUAUCAAUAUGCACAGCAUAUAGAAUAAUAAAACAGUUGACCUUAACUCUAGCUUAAGAGUACAGACGCCUUCAGCAGCAUGUUGGUUCAGUUCAUUUAUUAAUUAUUAGUGUGGUUGUCAGGGGGGGACGGGGGGGCCCUGCGUGGGGGUCUCCCCUCUCUAGACCCAGAGGAGGAGAGAGGAGGGGGAGCAGGACCCUGAGUGGGGGUCCCCCCUCUCUAGACCCAGAGGAGCAGAGAGGAGGGGGAGCAGGACCCUGGGUGGGGGUCCCCCCUCUCUAGACCCAGAGGAGGAGAGAGGAGGGGGAGCAGGACCCUGGGUGGGGGUCCCCCCUCUCUAGACCCAGAGAGGGAGAGAGGAGGGGGAGCAGGACCCUGGGUGGGGGUCCCCCCUCUCUAGACCCAGAGAGGGAGAGAGGAGGGGGAGGAUACUACGACUCAAACUCAGACAUAUCUGUAAGACAUUGGUCAUGCUUAUAUUUUUUUUUAUCAGUGUGCAUGCUUUAUGGUUUUAUUUUGUACAUUAUAAUCCAUGUAUUUCUUUGUAGAUGGUUUAUCAUAUUUUAUUUCUUAAACAACACUGCCACAUCCAGAACGACUAAUUGGACUACAGAGUUUUCAGAUUGUAUUUUUUUGUUUAAAAAAAUUUGUUCUGUAAUGUCUGAGCGUUUGUCUUCAUUUCAGUAUUCAUUAAUUAUCAUAUUAACGUUGGCCUUGAUUGGGGAUAUUGUGUAUGCCACGUAUUGCUUCUCUUUGUUGAAACACUUUCCUCCUUACUAUCUCUGCUCAUCUGUAAGUUACUAGCUGCAGUAUUUGCAGAUACUUCCCCUUGUAUAUAUGAAACAUGAAAAUUCAAAAGAAAAAAAAAAUGGGCUUAUUUUUCACUGUAGCUAGUCUUUUUAUACAAUAAUACUGUAAGAAUAUUUCUUGAAUUAUAAAUAUAACUCUUUCUAGAUUUUUUUAAAUCAAAAGUUUUGAGUAAAAAGUUUCUUACUUUAUUUUACUAUAUUAGAUAGUAAACAAAACAACCACAUACAUUGGUGAUUUUACCAUCUCCUGUUCAUUGUGUUCAGAUAUUAUAUCUUACAAACCACAGAAUUGCAGUCUAGUAGGUAAGGGCAUUGUGUGUGAGCUAAAAAAACCUAAAGUCAUCGAUUGAUGAAAGAGGAAAGGAUUUGUUGAUGUACAUCAGAAAGAUACAGCAGCAGAAUAAUUCGUUAUUUUCUGUCCCUUAAAACAGAAAAUACACUAAAUGUAUAUAACAUUUAUGUUGCAAUAAAUGUGCCAUCUUUUUUAAGCUUAAUUGUGCGUUCA